AUGAACGAAACUUUGAAUGACGCUGACAACUCAUUGCAGUCGCACGUAAUACUCAAAAAUUCUUCUUUUUUAAAAUUGCUAUAUGACUUCCAGGGAAAUUGGGCUUCUACAUUUCCUGAAUGCAUGGAUUCAGUCCCAGACUCCCUAACUUUUUUGAAUAGAUGUAUCUGCAUUGGUGUCUCGACGAUUCUAUACAAGCGCGGCGUCAUUCCUCAACAAUGCUUCAAAGGAAGAUUGAUUGGUAUUUUCGAAAUUAAAAGCUUGUCAUAAGUUUUGAUUUGAGAAAAAUAUCGAGUCUACACAAUGAACACUUCCAACGCUAUCGGCAACAGACUCCAUCAAAAGAUCAAAGGAGUUUGUGACGCGAUUCGGGUUCGCUGCUUUUCUUUUAAGUGACUUGCUUCUUUUUUUACAGCAAGGUUAUUUGGAUGAAAUAGCUGUCGUGUUUUUCCCCAAAUUAAAUGUGGAAGAAGUUUUCGAAGUUUACUCUUUCAAAAUUAACUACGACGAUGAUAACAACCCGAAUAUUGAUUUUUCGAGGUUUGAUUAGUUGUUUAAUCUUUUUACGGAGUACUACGUCUGUUUUUUCCGUCUUAAGAUCAUUAUAUUUCAUUUAGAGGCCUGAAUGCAACCGAUAAGCAGAAGCUGAUGAGUUUCAAGUACAAUGGACCCGAACAGGCGAAAGGAGAAUUUUUUCGUUUGGUCAGAGUCAUCCAUGAUCUGACUCGAAAGUUUAUGCGACCGUUGCCACCCAACUGCGACGCUGGUUUCCGUUCUGCCUAUAGAACACGUUUGUUUCUUUCCCUGAGUUUUUUUCAGAAACUGUUCCAUAGAUACUCCUGCCGAUUACCAGGCUCCAGGAUUCGUUCCUUCCGAUAUUUUCUACGAACUUGUCCCAGAGGCACAACGCGUCGAGUUCGGUCAUAUCCGAGGAGGCCACCAUGAGUUAAACUUGACAUUAUGGCUCAUAAAUAUGGUUUUUUUUCAGGUCUCUUGUGGUAUGUUACAGUACGCUGUUGGAAGAAGCUGGAAAAGUUCGCGGCGCAGUUGAAAACUGCAAUAAAAGCCGAAUGAACCAAUUCAUUAAUGAAUCUUUCGCGGAGAUUUCUGUUUGUUUGUUUGUCUCAAUCAUUUCCACCAUAAUUGAUUCCAGAAUGUUUCCAAUAAGUCUCCGAAAAAUACUUCAAAAGAUGGGUAUUCCGAAAACUCGGUAAAUUUAAGCAUUCUAUUUUUUUACAUUUUUACAUAUCUAUUUCAGAAAGGACGAAUCUAUCCUCUAUAUGCACGAACGAAAAAUGUUAAGGCUGUUGUCUAA